CCCAACAAAAUAAGAAAGAAGAACAAGAGCUCCCGCAUACUAGUACAUAAAUUCGCCGUUUCUUUCAAUUACGAUGAAGAUUGCUUACCUUUGGGGACUUCUUCUUUUGCUUGUGUCGUGCAAUGGCUAUAAGCCUGUUGUUAUUGUGCAUGGCGUGUGGGAUCUGAGAGACAGCUUGUAUUUCAUGGCUGAUAAGAUAAAAGAAGCACAUCCAGGCACUGAUGUUCAUGUACUUGAUUUGCUUCAUGGUUGGAAGUCCUUAGCUCCAUUAUGGUAUCAAGUAAAAAGUUUUUACAACCGGAUGAAGCCGAUUAUGGAAAAAGCUGAAGAUGGCAUCAUUCUCAUAGGUUAUUCUCAGGGAGGCAUUAUCAGCCGUGGCAUUGUAGAAUCUAUGGACCACAAUAUCACAACUUUUAUUUCACUCUCUUCACCUCAGGCUGGGCAGUAUGGAGAUGAAUUUCUACGCCUAAUCUUCCCUCAGUACAUAAAGGAAACAGUCUAUGAGGUUUUCUACUCAAGAGUUGGCCAAAGGAUUUCUGUCGCUAAUUAUUGGAAUGAUCCACAUCAUCAAGAACUGUACUAUAAGUAUUCCAGCUAUUUACCAUAUUUGAACAAUGAGAUCGAGGACUACUUCAACAAAGAUUAUCGUGACAAUUUCAUGAAAUUGAAGCAGCUUGUGUUGAUUGGAGGGCCAGAUGAUGGAGUCAUCACACCGUGGCAGUCAAGCCAUUUCUCAUAUUUUAACAAAGAUGAAAAUAUGACUGACAUGAGAGACCAAUCCUUCUACAUGUUUGAUUCAUUUGGUCUUCGGAGCUUAGACAAAGCAGGGAGAGUAAAGAUUUAUGAAGUACCUGGAGUUCACCACACAGUUUGGCACCAUAAUGUUUCUGUGAUUGAAAACUGCAUUCUACCCUGGCUUGAUUAAUUUUUGGGGUUGUUGCCAUACUUAUAUAUUUUUCUACUUAAAAGCACAUGCACUGAACGUUUUUAGUCAUAGCAUCAAUAUGUUUGAUAAAUUUAGGAAUGAACAAAAACAAAACAGGCAUAUUAAAGAACUGCAUUUAAUAAUUAGCCUGAAAAUACUGUACACAGAUCAGUAGUAUUUGUUUCUAUGUUCUGUUGAUACAUACAUGUUGUCUUCCUGUGAAUCUCCUAAGUAUAGUGUUAAUAUAAGGAAUUAAAAGUCAUAAAGUAAUAGCUGAUCUUAUAAAGCAUACUGAAUUGAGUGAUAAUAGCCAAAUUCUGUUUGUAUGCUCUGAGUGCUACCAAAUUGUCAGUGUAUAAUAAGUAUAUAAUAUUUGAUGAAUGCUACUUAAAAAAAUAAAACUUAUAGAUUUCUAGUACUGCAUUACAGCUUGUUAAUGAUUGUAAUAUCAGUAACUGGACAUGAAAAUAUAUGAUAAAAAGUAAAUUCAUAAAAUUUACUCUUUUAGAAAAGUUACAAAGAUAAAAAAUGAGGAAGAGAUAAAAAAUAUCAUGAUAAAGAUGUAACAAAUGAAAUAUUCAAUAAAAUAUUUAAUGGAUUGGAAGACAUGUAAUUUAAGAAUCCUCCAAUAGGUCAUUUAUUGCUGAAAUCUUGGUUUGAAAAAAAUGAAAGGGAAAUGCUAUUCCAUUAUAUUGUGUUUUAUCUUGACUUGGAUAUUUUGCUAACUAGUUUUUUUUUUUUCAUAAAUGACAACCUGCUUUUGAACUGUAGCACUCUUCUUUAACAUUGAAAUUACUGUUUUUUCCAAUUUUAUUGCCAAACAGAGUUAGUCUGUAUGUCUCAUAUUUUCAUUUACUGUAAGGACAAUUUUUCAUGUACCAUUGGUAAACAAGUACAAACAGCAACAAUAGCUGCUUAUUACAAGCAACUUGUAAUAAGAAGACACUGAAGUAUGAAUGAACUUUCAAGUUAUUCUAGAAUAAAAUUGUCUAUUUUUAUACACACUUCAUAUGAAGGUGGUUUUGAAGUGUUUUGAGGUUUGUAAAAUAGAUCAUUAUCAAGGUUUUGAUUAAGGAAAAAGGAAAAUACCUCCUUCAUGUUUUCUAGAUCCAUAUGUAGAGAAUAUAUUUGAGCUAUAU